AUUGGCGCUAAGGGAAACAAAGGGUCAUCAGGAUCUCCAGGUGCUACCGGAGCCACUGGUGUCAAGGGGGCUAAGGGUUCACAAGGCAUUCGGGGUCCUUCUGGAACCAAUGGUGCUAAAGGAGCCAAAGGGUCACAAGGAAUUCGGGGUGCUGCAGGAGCCACUGGUGCCAAAGGAACCAAGGGUUCAGUUGGGGCUCGGGGUGCUGCUGGCGCCACAGGUGCCAAAGGAGCCAAAGGAUCACAAGGGAUUCGGGGUGCUACAGGCACCACUGGUGCUAAAGGAGACAAGGGUUCUCAAGGAAUUCGGGGAGUUAAUGGACCCGCUGGUGUUAAAGGAGCCAAGGGAUCACAAGGAAUUCGGGGUGCAACAGGAGCCAUUGGCACUAAAGGAGCUAAGGGGUCUCAAGGGGUUCGGGGUGCAACUGGCGCCACAGGAGCUAAAGGAGCCAAGGGAUCACAAGGUAUUCGGGGUGCAACAGGAGCGACUGGUGUUAAAGGAGCCAAAGGUUCACAAGGGGCUCGGGGUGCUACUGGCUCCACAGGUGUUAAAGGGGCUAAGGGAUCACAAGGAAUUCGAGGAGCUACCGGAACCACUGGUGCCAAGGGAGCCAGAGGUCCACCAGGACCUCGGGGUGCUACUGGGACCCAAGGUCCACAGGGCCCGAAGGGAGCUAAAGGAUCACAAGGAAUUCGAGGAGCUACCGGAACCACUGGUGCCAAGGGAGCCAGAGGUCCACCAGGACCUCGGGGUGCUACUGGGACUCCGGGUCCACGGGGCCCAAAGGGUAAGAAGUUCAUUUUGUCUUAAAAAUAUAAAUUAA